GGUACACAGGAACCCUUGCUGGAGACCAAGGUGGAUCUGGUGAGGACUCUCGAUCGCAUAUCGGCCACCAUCUGUAGCGUCGUCGACCCUGCUGAACUGUGCAGGAACACGCACCCGUCCGAAGAGUGGGUAGGUGCUGCAGAGGACUGCUAUGCACAGCUUUCGACGCUCAUUCACCACCUCAACACCGACACCAGCCUCUAUCAUGCGACCGCGACCGUCACCAAUGAUGGCGAUGGCGACAGCGCGUUUGAAAAGUUGACGCCCGAGCAGCAGAUCGCCGCGCGGGCGUUCAAGUUGGAGUUUGAACUCAGCGGCAUCCACUUGCCCGACGACAAGCGCAGGAGGGUGGUGGCGAUCAACGAGGACAUCACGGCGCUGGCCUACGAGUUCUCGGUCGCCGCGUCGUCGGGCGAAGACCUUUCUGGCUCCUCGCUCCGACUCGACGAAAGCGCAAUAGCCUCGCUCCCUCCCAAGUUGGCUAAAUCUGUCCGGAGAGUCGGCACACAGGCGGUACUGCCGCUCAACCCGACCGUGCUGACGACCGUGCUGCAGCACGUCGACAACGGCGCAUUGAGGCGACAGGCCUUCGUCCUCUCGCAGCGCCACUCGCCGCGGGCGCUCAAGCUGCUCGACGCGUUGCUUCUCAAGCGGGACGAGCUGGCCAAGGUGCUCGAGUUCCCCUCGUAUGCUGCGCUCUCGCUGGCCAACCGAAUGGCCAAGAAGCCGGCCACCGUCCACCACUUCCUCGACGAUCUCAGCCGACUGGUCAAGGGCAAGGCCGACAAGGAGAUAGAUCUGCUCAAGGGGCUGAAGAGGCAAAAGGAAGGGGCACAGGACGGCGGAGAUACGGCCAUCUAUGGGUGGGACCGACUGUUCUACUCCGAAAUGUGCAAGACCAAGACCAACCUCAACGAGUAUUUUUCGCUGGGCCACUGCAUGGCCGGUCUCGACACCAUCGCGUCGAACCUAUUCGGCCUUUCGCUCGACGUGGUACCCAUGGAUCAAAGCGAGACCUGGCAUCCCUCUGUCCGAAAGAUCCGCGUCACACACGAGACGGAGGGCACCGUGGGCUACGUGUACAUGGAUCUCUUCUCGCGAUCCAACAAAUUCUCGCACGCGGCCAACUUCGCCAUCCAAUUCUCUCAUCUACACGCGACCGACGCCGGCACUGCUGGAGACCCGUCUACCACUGCGAAGCCCUGGCUUGCGUCGGAGCUAAGCAACGGCUACGUGCUCCCGCGCGUGGCGCUGGUCUGCAAUUUCGGCACCGGACCCACGGCCCAGCGGCCCUCGCUCCUCUCCCACCACGACGUCGAGACGCUCUUCCACGAAUUCGGCCACACUCUCGCCACCAUGCUCUCGCGCACUGAGUUUCAGCACGUGGCGGGGACGAGGGCGCAGUUGGACUUUGUGGAAACACCGUCGACGCUCAUGGAAUACUACGCCUACUCGCCUCGCGUGCUCUCCCUCUUUGCCCGCCACUGGCGCACCGGCGCUCCCAUCCCUGAGUCCGACCUGGCCGCACUCCAGGCGAACGCGGCGCGGUUCGGAGGCAUGGAGGCCCAGCUGCAGGUGCUGUACUCAAUGAUGGACCUCCGCUUCCACGACGCGCAUCCACUGCCGGCCUCCACCACCGACAUCCUGCGCGAGCUGCAGAAUCGAUACUACUCCAUCCCCUACGCCGAGGGGACGAACAUGCAGGCGAGCUUUGGUCACCUGAGUGGCUACGGGGCGGGCUACUACAGCUACCUCUUCUGCCGCGUCUUCUCGGCCAACAUCUGGCACCGCUGCUUCGAGCACGACCCCCUCAACCGACAAUUGGGCGAGCGCUACAGGGCGGAGAUACUGCGAUACGGCGGCGCGAAGGACCCCCACGAGAUGAUGCGCGCUCUCCUCGGCACCGAGCCCUCCCUCGACGCCUAUCUCACCACCCUCGGCCUCAACAACAAACAAUAA